UGUGGAUGGAGACAGGCUUCUGGUUAUAAUAAAUGACCAGUUAUAACUUUCAAAGCCUGAUGCAUAAAAUAUUUCUUUCCUCUUCAGAAAGUCCAUUUGCUUCUGUAGUCUUGUUUUUACGUCAAAGGAGCUGAGGGACAUAAGAUACCUGAUGACAGCUUAUUCCUCCCUUGCAACCCUCCCUGUGUCUCCUUUGCUUCCUACCUCUAGGCCUCCCUCAGCUCAUCAUGGCUCUCUGGAUCCGAUCACUGCCUCUUCUGGCCCUCCUCAUUUUUUCUGGCCCUGGGACCAGCUACGCAGCUGCAAACCAGCACCUCUGUGGCUCCCACUUAGUGGAGGCUCUCUACCUGGUGUGUGGAGAACGUGGCUUCUUCUACUCCCCCAAAGCCCGACGAGAUGUUGAGCAGCCUCUAGUGAGCAAUCCCCUGCAUGGUGAGGCAGGAGUGCUGCCCUUUCAGCAGGAGGAAUACGAGAAGGUCAAGCGAGGGAUUGUUGAGCAAUGCUGCCAUAAUACGUGUUCCCUCUACCAACUGGAGAACUACUGCAACUAGCCAAGAGGCCAGCGGUGGGCACAGAUAUGCACUUACUCUAUCGCACCUUCAAAGCAUUUCAA